CGUCAGUGUAUUUUCUGAGAUGAGAAGCUGUGAGUCAGGAUAUUGAACGACAAAUCGCCACCGACAGGAGCUGAGAUCGGACCUCGCUUCUUUUUACUCUAAUCACCAAGUACUACUCCACCACCGUAUUACAGGAUGAAAAAACUUAAACAUAGUUGCAGAAAUAAUGGAAGGUCUAUGUUUUCCCCUGCACCAGUCUCCCUUUAUCCAAAGAAAGACAAAUUAUCUUCGACAGAGAAGAAACAAAUCCAAACAGAAUACGGACAGUUACAAGAAAUGGUUCCAACAAUAGCAAACAGACGUCGAGUGACGAAGAGACAAGUGGUAAGGGAAGCAACUCUUUAUAUCGACCAAUUACAUUCAGAAUUAUUAGAAAAAUUACAUCAUAAUGGAUUCUCUGAUUUUGACAUGAAUCUGAACAGCUUGAACAACUUGGUAAUAAACCUUAUGCAGAAUAAUUUAGAUCUGAAUAAACCCAGUAAUACGUUUGUUAACAAGUGAACAGAUACAUAUAUACAUACAUACAUACAUAUAUACAUAUGUAUGUAUGUAUACACACACACACACGUACACACACACACACACACACGCACACACACACAAACAGAUAUAUAUACAAAAACAAAACAUGAAUAUUGGAAAGAAAAGAAAUGUAAGGUUUUGCUUUUUUGUGAUUAAAACGAAGAUUUGCCAAUGAAGGAUUUUCUACGAACACCGUGAUUCAAAUAGGACUUGAUAUUUGUAAAAUGCAGUAUAUUAGAAGAAAAAAAAAUUACAUGGACAUUCAUGAUUGGUGGUGGUACAUUAAAAAAUUCAUGAUGACAUAGCAGGAAGAAUUAAUGUCCACCUACAUUGUACAAUUCCACAAUUUCAAGAUCUUAAAUAUCUGUAAAUCAAACACCAUUUGUGUGUGUGUGUGUGUGUGUCCGUGUGUAUGUGUGUGUGUAAGUAUGCAUGUAUGUAUAUACAUUCAUUGACAUAAGCACAUAUAUAAUAUAUAUCAUAUCAUAUAU